GGGACGUUCCCACGUGGGGGUGGCGGGCAGAGGCGGGGCGAGCUCUGGUCCCCUCGGUCCAGUCUUCAAUUCCCUGCCAGUCACUCAGCGGGGCAGCUCUGGGUCGCUCCGCUGCCUUCAGUCUGAAAGAUGCUCUCCAGAGCUGCCUGGAGUCUGCUGAUCAGGACCGGAGGACUGGGAACUCGAGGGACACACAGCCCAAGAGGCACUGCUAGCAGCCAGCGGAGGAUGAGCCCCUAUGUGGACUGCUAUGCCCAACGCUCCUAUCCCAUGCCCGAUGAACCCUUCUGCACAGAGCUCACUGAGGAGCAGCGGGCCCUGAAGGAGAAGGAGAAGGGCAGCUGGGCCCAGCUGAGCCAAGCGGAGAAGGUGGCCUUGUUCCCUGAGAAAGUUAUCACCCUGACGGAGGAGCGGAAAGCCCAGCAGCUCCAGCGCCUCCUGGACAUGAAGAGCAACCCCAUACAGGGCCUGGCUGCCCACUGGGAUUACUAAAAGAAAGAGUGGAAAAAGUGACCUGUACCACUCGUCAGCCGCUUGCCCUAGUGAGACCACCCUGGUGCAGAGCUUGAAGCCCAGAGCCCCCUCCUCUCCUCUCCCCCUCUUCCCUUUGCUCCAAUAAAGCAGCCUGUUUUUUUU